UUUAUUAUUAUGUACGCACUAGCCACAGUUUAAUUUGUUUGUUAGUUCUGAGAUUAAUGGUUUGUUUUGGUUAUCUGUUAAAGUGUACAGGUUUUUUUUGGUGUUUCGAGAUUUUAUUCGCGACGGAAGGUCAAAAUUGUGUACAUUUGACUACUCUGGAUAACGUUAAUGUUAUCAACACGGAAAUUCCCUAUCGCUGAAUAAAAACUCCUUGUACUGGUCGCCACUCCUGUUAGUAAUGAACAUUUGAAUAGUUAUCAAAAAAUAGGUGAUAACACCGCACCUCGAAAGUGGAAAGCGCGCAAAUCUAAAAAACACACUGUGAAUCCUUGAAGCAAUAAAAGUGCAUUAAUGUGUGAUAUUAAAAAAUAUGGAUCAAGCCGAGAGGAUUACCAGGGAGAAGAACCCUAGGGAAAGAGCUUCAAUUUUUUCAAUUAUAUUUUUUUGUUUUGUGGCACCAUUGUAUAAACAUGCCAACCAACGUGAACUACAAGAACGAGAUAUCUACCAAAUUAUCCCGAAAUUCCAAUCGGAAAGAUUAGGAGACAAGCUUGAAAAAAGAUGGUCAAGAAAUAAAAAGAAAACUCAGCAGGAUAUUAACAAAAAAAGUACUGUUAAGCAAGAAAAUGGUAUUGGGAAGGUUGAUCUAUCUAAACCAAAAACCAAUAAUAUUUCCAUUACGGCAUGCUUAAUUAGGGAGUUUGGGGGAAUGUAUAUUUGCCUAGGUUUUAUCCAGCUUAUAAUGAAGGCGGUUGUAUUAUUCUUGCAACCCUUAGCAAUUUCCAAGUUUAUAGCAUAUUUUCAGCCAAACCAGACCAAAAUAACAAAAACCGAAUUUUAUGGAUUCUCCGCAUUUGUUAUAGGUGUAAUCGUCCUUAACGUUAUUUACAACCAUAAUUAUCAGCAAUGGAUUAUGGAAUUUUCUGUUAAGGUUAGAACAAGCUUAUGCUCUUUGAUUUAUAGAAAAGCUCUUAAGCUGAGCCCUUCAGCUUUUUCUGAGACAGCUAUGGGAAAGGUGGUAACAUUGAUUACAAAAGAUGUCUACUGCAUAGAUGGAGCAAUGAUUUUCUUAAAUGACAUGUGGAUAAGUGUCAUUCAAAUUACUAUCGUAACCGUUAUUUUGUAUAAGAGAAUUGGCAUUUCGGUACUCACUGGAAUAGCAUUUAUCAUUUUAGUAGUGCCCAUUCAAACAUAUUGUGGAAGAAAGUUCUCACUGACUCGUCUGAAAGCCGCAAAGAAGGCAGAAGAAAGAAUUCAGUUAGUCAAGGAAGCUUUAAACGCUAUCAAAAUAAUUAAAAUGUACACCUGGGAAAAGUAUUUUGAAAAAAUAAUUACUUUUGCGAGAAUUAAAGAGACUGAUAAACUUAAGAUAAUCUACUACCUCAAAGCUACAAUCGUUACUCUGGGUGGAGUAACUAUAAAAGUGGCAUUUUUCUUAGUAGUGAUCACUUAUACACUGCAAGGCAAUGCUGUAUCAGCUGAAGUUCUUUAUUUCGCUCAACAGUUAUUUUUUAGUUUGAGAUCUUGCGUUAUUGCCUCAAUUCCGAUGGGGAUAAGCAACAUGGCGGAAUUAUUUGCUUCAACUAGAAGGAUACAACAAUACUUAGACUCAGAGGAAUACCAACCUCCAGAGUUUACUAAAAGCCCUACUAUAACACCAAAAGUCUAUUUAGAUAAAAUUUCGGUCAAUAUUCAGGGUCAAGAAGUACUAAAAAGUGUAUCCCUUGAUCUCGAUAAAGGCUUACUAAUUGUAUCGGGAGCCAUAGGAAGUGGCAAAAGCUCCUUAUUAAAAGCGAUUCUAGGAGAAUACCCUAUUAAUCAUGGAAAAAAUACUGUUAAAGGUACGAUUUCUUAUGCACCAGAAGAGCCCUGGCUAUUUCCAUCAACCAUACGUCAAAAUAUCUUAUUUGGACAACCAUACAACGAAAAAAGGUAUCAGCAAGUGCUGAGCGUUUGUGCAUUAAUCCACGAUAUUAAUCAAUAUGAAAAGUUGGACAACACGGUUAUAGGAGAUAAGGGGAUUAACUUAAGUAGAGGCCAACAGGCUAGAAUAUGUUUGGCUAGGGCAAUUUAUAGAAAUAGUGAUAUUUAUUUGUUGGAUGAUUGCUUAAGUGCAUUAGAUGCACAUGUAAACAACCACAUAUUUAGAGAGUGUAUUCAAGGCUUUCUAAAGGAUAAAGUAGUCAUUUUAAUUAGUAAUAAUAUCAAUAAUAUCAAGCAGGUAUCUUUAGGAAGUGUUUUGUAUAUGCAAGAUGGUAAGACCUUGGAUUUGGAUCAGCAGAAGGCUGCUUUAGAUAAACGAAUUACUUAUUACAUUGACGAAGACACUGGCCACUUUAAUCCAAUAUUGGACGAAAUUCAAGAGAACGACUAUAUAGGAGACCAGGAAACUGAUGAACUACUAAAAACCAAAGAAGCUACAGAACCCCGAAAAAAUUUAUAUCACGAAGAAAAAAAAAGUGGUUCGGUUCUUUGGAAAAACUAUGUCACUUACUAUAAAUACACGGGAGGUAUAAUUGUGCUAUUGUUUGCAAUAGUAAUAUUUACCGUUUGCCAAAUAGCUAUGAGCUAUUCCGAGAAGCUUUUGAGUAUAUUUGUUAAUCAAGAAACAGAAAUUUUGAAGCUUUCUUUGAAAAAUAUGACUGAUGAUCCGAAGUACAAUCAAGCUAUUGUUGAAAAAAAUAGGCUUCUAAAGUUAUAUACUAUAAUGAUAAUAGUAGGAACUGCAUUAACCUUGACAAGGGCUUUUUUAAACUUUUACUUUUGCUCUAAGGCAGGACGAAAGUUACAUGAAGUACUUAUCAAAGGAGUACUGAAUGCUUCCAUGGCGUUUUUUGAUAACCAUUAUAUCGGCAAUAUCGUUAAUAGAGUCUCCAAGGACUUUUACACUAUUGACGAGAGCAUACCGUACGUUAUUUAUGAAAAUUUAAGGCUGUUCUUUUUGAUAUUAGGAACAUUCAUUUUAAUAGUAUCAACGAAUUAUUACUUCAUCAUUCCUUCGGUGCUACUUUUAGUGGCAUUAUUAUUUAUUCAAAAGCGUUACAUGCCAGCUGGUAGGAGCCUAAAAAGAUUGGAAGCUGCCACGAGAAGUCCCAUGGUAGGCUAUAUUAAUGCGUCACUAGAGGGCUUAACAACGGUUCAUUCCUGUCGAGAAGAAAAAAUAUUGCAACAGGAGUUUGACAAGCACCAAGAUUUUUUUACUUCAGUUUACUAUAUGAACCAAUGCGUAAAUAGGUUGUUUGCUUUUUCAUUGGAUAUGGCUUGUCAAGGGUUCAUUACUUUAGUAGUGCUCUCGUUUACGAUGUUUCCUGAAGGAGCCAAACCAGGUACUGUUGGGCUAGCAAUAACACAAGCCCUAACCUUAACAGGUCUGCUUCAAUGGGCUAUUCGCCAAUCCGCCGAAAUGGAAAAUACCAUGACUUCAGUGGAACGUGUUCUCGAAUACGCUGAUGCUCAACCAGAAGCUAAAUCAGGCAAAAAUAUUCCUGGAUGGCCUAAGAAUGGAAGUAUUAAAUAUCAAAAUGUUUCUCUAACUUAUUUGACAACGGGCGAGAGAGUCCUGCAAGAUGUUAGCUUUGACAUUGAUGGUGGGAGCAAAAUUGGAAUUAUUGGAAGGACUGGAGCCGGAAAAACCUCCAUUAUUUCCAUACUAUUUAGAUUAUAUGACUUUGAAGGUACUAUACAGAUCGAUGAUGUAGAUAUUAAAACAGUGUCUUUGGAUGUCUUGAGAUCCAGAAUAGGAAUAAUUCCUCAAGAUCCUAUACUAUUCUCCGGCUCAAUACGAACAAAUAUAGACCCUCUCAGUAAAUAUCAAGAUUCAGAAAUAUGGACUGCUUUGGAAAAAGUUCAAAUGAAAUCGCACAUCUCGAGUCUAGAACAAGAAAUUACAGAACAUGGACGAAGUUAUAGUUCGGGGCAAAGACAGUUGCUUUGCUUAGCAAGAGCGAUAGUUUGUAAAAAUAAAAUUAUAGUUUUAGAUGAAGCUACUGCUAACAUGGACGUAGAAACAGAUCAAAUGAUCCAGAAAACUAUAAGAGAGCAUUUUAGUGAUUGUACGGUGCUCACAAUUGCACAUCGCCUAAAUAAUUUCGAUCAUGCUGAUAAGAUUUUGGUGAUUGAGGGUGGGAAAGUUGUCCAGUUUGGAAAACCUAAAGAGCUCUUGCAGGAUAGCAAAGGACUGUUUUGUGAGAUGGUUAAUGAUGCGCAAGCUGAUAAAUUUUUGUAAUAUAUUUUUUAUUUAA